UUAAAGUCUAUAUUUUCAGAUUCACCGAUGUGGGUGGAGACAGAGAAAGAUUAUCCAGCUUGAAAACUUUCUGCCGCUUGUUUGAAGAGCAGAAACGUCCCAACCUCUGCAGCAGGAUGAGAUCCGGCUGGGUCAAAGGUUUGCUGAUGGUCUUUGUUGUGGCUGCAGCUCUGGUUUACCUGAGCUCCAUACAAACAGAGUUUCACUCCCACUCAGAGAGGCUGCAGAGAGCCCAGCAUGACGACUCCAUCCGGGGUCAGGGAGUGAUCCGCAGGAUGGACAGGAUGGAAGAGGAAAUCAGCAGGCUGAUGAACCUGAUGAAAAAGUUUGAAAAGAAGGAGCAGGAGGAAGAGAAAGGAGUCAAAGUGAAGGAGAAGAAGCUGGUGAGGAAGUUGUACCCCAACUCCCGUCUGUUCAGCAAGUGGGGGGACGAUCUGUCGGAGGAGGAGCAGAAGGAGGCCGAGGGUUUGUUCCAGCAAUACGGAUACAACGGCUUCCUGAGUGACCGGCUGCCGCUCAACCGGGACAUUCCUGACACCAGACCCCCGAGAUGUGCAGAGAAACAGUAUCCAGAGAAUCUGCCCUCCCUCAGUGUGAUCUUGAUCUAUCUGGAUGAAGCCCUUUCUGUCAUCAAGAGAGCCAUCCGCAGCAUCAUCGACAAGACGCCUGCCCGGCUGCUGCGAGAAAUCAUACUGGUGGACGAUCACAGCUCCAACGAGGAUUUAUUGGACAAGCUGGACUUGUACGUUAGCUCCAUCCAUGAGGAGCGGCCCGGUCUGGUGAAGAAGAUUCGGCACUCUGAGCAGCUCGGCCUGACCCAGGCCAGACUGUCGGGGUGGAAAGCUGCAGUGGGAGAUGUGGUGGCCAUCUUGGAUGCACACAUAGAGGUCCAUGUUCAGUGGGCAGAACCCCUGCUGGCUCGGAUUAAAGAGGACUGCACCGUGAUACUGACACCAGUUUUUGAUAAAGUCAACUUUGACGACCUGACGGUGAUUCCUUAUAGGACCAAUGGUGAUGGCUUUGACUGGGCCCUGUGGUGCCUGUAUGAGGGACUCGGACCCGAAUGGUACGCCUUGAAGGACGAAUCCCAACCUGGCAAGAGCCCGUCCAUCAUGGGAAUACUGGUUGCAGAUCGGAAGUUUUUUGGAGAAAUCGGAAGCCUUGAUGGAGGGAUGAAGAUAUACGGAGGAGAAAACGUGGAGCUCGGCAUCCGGGUGUGGCUGUGUGGAGGCAGCAUUGAGGUCAUUCCCUGUUCGAAGAUCGCUCACAUCGAACGCUUCAGUAAGCCCUACGCCCCGGACCUGAGCCCCGUGAUGAGGCGCAACGCCCUGAGGGUGGCAGAGGUCUGGAUGGACGACUACAAAUACAACGUGGAAGUGGCCUGGAACCUCCCCAUCGGGAAUCAUGGAAUUGACAUCGGGGAUGUUUCAGAAAGGAAGAAGCUGAGGGAGAGGCUGAAGUGUAAGCCCUUCCAGUGGUACCUGGAUAAUGUUUACCCCAUGCUGGAACCGCUGCAGGACCUGCUGAGCUACGGAGCUCUGAUUAAUGCCCUCCAGCCUGAUCAGUGUGUGGAUCAGGGUCCAGUUCCUGGCUCCACACCCAUCCUCUAUGGAUGCCACUUCUUCUCCCCUCAGCACUGUUAUUACCUCACUGAUGGAAAACUUUACAUUGGUGGGAUCAAAUCACACAAAUACAAUAGCAACAACUGUCUGGUGGAUCCUGAUGCAGGAGCUUUACCAGGACUGUAUCAGUGCAAUCUCGCAGAACAGAAGAAACUCCACAUGUUGUGGGACUUCAAACAGGGAGGACAGAUCCAGAACAGAGACACUAAGAGAUGUCUGGAAGUAGCGAUGGGAGACAUGGGCUUCAGACUGGUUGUCCAGCAGUGCAGCGGUCAGAGAUGGAAGAUACAACAUAUGAUUAUUGCACACAAACAGCACAUUAACUCAGAGAUACCGGUACUGUGACCUGCAAGGCUGGUGCUCCAUUAGACCAGGCAACAUCCUGGGCUUUUUUUUAAUAUUAUAGUUCAAGUCAAACAGGAUCAGUUAUAAUUGGACAGUCACGAAUUAUCAGAGAUGAAGGCGUCCCAUUUGUUUUGCCACAUGGCGAAAGCUCUGUCUUUAAAAUGAGCUGGCAGCGAGCUGUACCUGCAAACAGAGAUGACUUUAAAACUGAGGACAGAUGUAAAAACUUAUCUUCAUAUGCUGCUGUAUAUCUAGAGUCUUUAGGUUGGAAAUGACAUGAUUAGAAGUUGUAGUCAGGAGAAUCAGUCACUAUGUUCCAGUGUGUUAGAAAGAUGAAAUCACCUGUUUUGUUUGGUGGUGGUUAGCUAACUUUAGUCUUCUCUUGUCACUGAUGUGAAGGAAUAGAUGAUUUUAUGUGUUUGAUGAUCCCAGCAGCUACAUAAGCACAGAAAAUCCUCUGUUCCUUCACAUUAAUGAUGAGACGACUGAAAGAAGCUAAUGAAAACCAAACAAAGCAGAUGAGUUCAUCUUUCUAACACGUACACUGCAGCAAUUCAAACAUUGGCUGAACACAAUGACAGAAAUAGAUUAUCUGAGUUCUUUUCUAUGAACCCAAAUAUGUAUUUGCAUUUAUUAAUAUGCAUUCUUUGUAAAUUUAUCUUCAAAUUGUAAAAAUAAAAAGUGGAAAAA